AUGACAGAUAUAGCCUUUGAACACUUUGACCCUGAGCUUGAGCUCGGCAACCUCGACGAGAACGGCCGCCCCAUCCGACCGCGCAAAAAGCCGGGCCGAAAACCCAACCCGCCCUCGCCUGCACAGCGCAAAGCGCAGAACCGGGCAGCACAGCGGGCUUUUCGAGAACGCAAACGACGAGAAAUGCGUGAAGCCGAAGCGACGGUGAAACGCGCACUAUACGUUCGCGACCAAGCACUGCGGCAGGCCAGCAAGCUGGACCGCAAAGUCAAAGAGCUCGAGUACGAAAACAACCACUUGCGCGGACAUAUCCUGACGCUCAAGCUCGCAUGCACUGCUAGCCGAGUCGACGUCCCCAACUUUGCAGACACAGGUUCCAGGGACGAUCUCGGCGCCGAAAGGCUAAUGUCAUCAAAGUCCAAGGCCAUGUCCCAAGCCCUUGAAUUCUUCCUUGACAAAAGCAUGCACAUCAUCAGCUUGCAAGACGAACACUUGCCUGCGGACUUGAUGAAAAGUCCGCCUUCCUUUGGGGCUAUCGACUCCCCUUCACCAUCAACCUCCUUUUCGUCCAACAACAACAUCACCACCUACAGUACCGGCGGUGGCAGCGGCAGCGGCAGCAGCAGCAGUGGCAGCACGCUCAUUGAUACACUUCUCAUGUCGCCCCAAAUAUUGCACAACCAACGUGCCAUGCCAGGCAGCUUUGAAAUCAAUGAUUUUGCAGCCGCUUCUUCUUCACAACCUCUGCCGCCUCUCGACCUCACACAGACUGCAACGGUGCUGGCGCCACAACUGCAGGCGCUCAACAGCGGCAGCAGCUAUGGACUCGACCCGGCAUUGUUCCAACAACUCGCCAGCACUGACCUUGUCUCCAGUUUCAUUGACCAGGUUACACGACCCAAUUUCACUAUCGACCAGACGCCGCCUGAACUUGCUGCCCUGAUACCGCCCGAAUGGCGCUCGUCGUUGCAGAGCUUCAGCGAAAAGGGCGAAUACAGCAAACACCAGCUCAAGCAUGAGUUUGAAGAUAGCACCAUGUCUGAGUUGUGGAACACUAACACGGAUGCCCAUCGAGUCAUCACUGCCGAUCAGCAGACCUCAACUUCGUCUACUACUACUACUACUACCACCAGUGACUCCACUGCCUCGACCUCCACCAUCACCAACGACGUUCCCGAGACAACUAAAACCUACACGAUUGGACCUGAUGGCGAGCGAGUCUAUCAUCCAAUGACUCCGCUUGAAUUCGUCACUGAGAUGCGCAAGAUCCAACGGACUGAUAAGAAUACGCUAGCAUUCUUUGAGCCAACCGAACUGCAACGAAACGUUCGCCACGACAUUCGUAUUGACGCAGUGCCCGGUGCAUCGAUGCGCGACCACAUGAUCAUGUUCCAAGACUAUUACGACGCCAACGAACUGUUCAACAUGCUCAUCGGUUCUGCCAUGUUCCUUGGCGGCUGUCCCGGUAACCAAGACAACUGGUUUGUCCCACCGAGCUUCAUUCGCAAAUACUGGUUCUUGUGUCCCAGUACAAAGCCGCAGCGACUGGACAACAGUGUGGAGAUUGCAGUCUACCUGAGUCAGCGGAUGCAGGACAUGAUGCUGUUACGAAAACAGAUGUUUUUUGAACGGGAAAAAUACCUGGACCAUUUCCCCACACCAGCUGCUAUUGAGGAGCAUGAUCAAAGCGACGAUUUUUCACGACGCUCGCCUUCCCAUGAAGACGAUAUGAUGAUCGAAGCGACAGGUGACGAUCCAUUCAGCGAUAACGACAGCAAUAGUGAAGACACAUUCUUUGAGCUGUCAGAUGAUAUACCAAUAAACAUGAUGUUGGAGGCAGUAGAGUCGAUGCCUCGACUUAUUUCACCACGCACAGUUUCAUCAUAG